AAAUAAGAUAAUUUUCAGUCCUCAUUGAUAAAUAAACAACAAUACUGAAAUCCCAAAUUUCUUAAUCCCCUCGAGGGUUUUCGCGGACGCACACAGCACUUAAAAACAGAGCUUUUCUUCUUCUUCAUCCUCUUUUCUGUAAUUUUUUCUCCUUGCAGAAAUCAAUAAUACAGUAAAUGGGAAGCACCGCCGUCGAGAAGACUGCGGAGGAGCUCCAGCGGGAGAUUGACGAGCUCCAUCGUCAACAACGCGAGAUUAAUGAGAGGCUGAGGGAUCCUCGUGGUCUCCGAAGAGGAGGGGUGGCGGGCGCCGGACCUCGGAACUUUGCUGCUAAUGGUGCUCGUCGUGGCUUUGGUCGUCCGGGGGAUAGAAAUGAUACAGAAGACCAACCUCCUGCUAAGAGGCGAUUGUCGUCUGCUGUCGUCAAGGUGGAGGAUGGAGAAAUUGCUGAGGACGCUGAUGCUGCGAAGGAUGUGAAGCUGAAAGAUGCAUCUGUGGAUGGAUCUGGUGAAGAAAAUGAAAAUCUGAGUGAUAGAAAGCCACAAAGUGGUUGGUCUAGGAGAGAUCCUGAUCAAAGAACAGCAAGAAAGGAUACUCUACCACCUAUCACAGAGCAUGUUCCAAGGGUUUUACCGAAGAAUGAAGAUCCAAGCUUGGUUAACAGAAACAAAAGAAUGCUGGGGCAACUUUUGGGAACUUUGGAGAAAUUUAGGAAAGAAGAUAAGCAACUAUCAGGAACAGAGGCGUUUAUGAGAAGGUCAAAUUCUCUGCAAAGAGCUGAGCAAAGAGCACGUGAAGAAAGUGAAAAGCUGAGGCAACAAGAGCGUGAACAAAUUGCCGAAAAACGGAGGAGAGAUCUGACUCUCAGAGCACGUGUAGCUGCUAAGGCUGAAGAAAAGAAGUUGGAAUUGCUGUUUCUUCAGUGGAGUGAGCACCAUAAAAACCUUAGCAAUUUUAUAAGGUUAUUUUUAACUUUGGUCCGAAAGUGUCCAUAUUCACAAUUUUAUUGAGACAAAGAUAAGUUUCUAUUCAUGUGAAUAGAUAGUGUGGGAGAAAGAGCUACUGAAGAAAUAAUGUUUCCUUCAGUACAGGAUCUUAGGUAGAACUGGAACAUUUUUUCUUUGUAAUUUUCUGCUCCUUUUGAUUGCUUUUGGGAUAUUUUUUCAGGACUAAAACGGAGCCUCCAAUUUACUACUUGCCAACUAAACCAUUGGAUGAAGACGAAACUUUACGUGAGCAGCACAGAGAACAGGCAUUUUUAGAAUGGAAGGUUGCUAGGAGAGAGGAACUAUCUGAAUAUCAGAAGCAGAUUUCAGAUCAGUAUGUAGCCAAUGUUGAAAAGGAGUUGGAGAGAUGGCAAAAUGCAAGGAAAGCUAGGAAAGCAAACAAUGAUCUUAACUUGCAGGAAACAAUGGACAAAGAAUUGGAUUACCACAGGCUUGAGCAUGGUCCAAAGAAGAGAAAGAUUCCAGGUGGGAGCAAUGAUGAUGAGGAUGAUGUGGAAGAUAUCAAUGUUGGAGAGGAUGACAUGAUAGAUGAUGUGCUGGAUGUUGUUGACAAUGGCAGGCGAGACGAUGAGACAGCAAAAGCAGAAGCUGUUAAUACCAGUCCAAAGCCCAAUAACAUUGACCAGAAUGAUUGAAGCCAAUGAUUCCAGGUUCAUCGUUGGUAGGUCUGCUUUGUAUUCUGUAGCCUUUCUUUUCUAGCAUUCAGGCUGCAAUUUUUCCCUUUUUAUUUAUCACUUUAUCUAUUGUUUUCUUUCAAAAUUAGUGUGAGUUAUGGGUUUUGUGCACGUAGGAGGAUUUUAUCUGGUAGUAUACAUAAACUUUCUGGUUUUGUUAUUUAUCUCUUGGAAAGAAAAGAAUGAAUUUACU